UAGAGAGUUUCUGGAUGUUUAAGGGCGGUGUACAGGAAAUCUAAGCAUGGAAACUUUACCUGCAUUCAUACUAAUAAGUCACUCACAUUCCGACUGAGAACUAGGUAGGUAGGUGCAUUCGUGAAGCGUAGAUAGUGUUAGCGAAAAAAGGAAAGGAAUACUUGCUUGAAAUGCCGAAGAUAACGAUAUACUUUUAAAUCUACAUCGAGGAUAUACAGCACAUGCCGAACAAAACGCAGCAUUGUAAAGAUUUCGUUUUGGGAUAAAAAGUUCAAGUCGGGCACUGACGACGGACUUGGCAGCUGCACAAAGGAUUUAUUGACGAGACUCAGGUUUGCUCCACCGCCACCAUCCUGGGACGAUACCGCUUCACCAUGACAGAGCCCGAAGACCCUCCUGCCACGGCAGCCACGGCAUCAGGGGACAGUGGGGAUUCCCAGGCGGAGAAUGACACCUCCUUCCCCCUGUCCUCACUUGCAAACCUUUUUGAGAGCGAGGAGACCCCACCUGCCCAGGAGCCCCCCCGACCUGGGGACAACCGGCAGAACCUUCGCAUGAAGUUCCAGGGGGCCUUCAAAAAGGGCAUCACCAACCCCAUGGACCUCCUGGAGUCCACUAUUUACGAGUCACCUGUGGUGGUUGGCCCCAAGAAGGCGCCCAUGGACUCCCUCUUUGACUAUGGCACCUACCGCCAGCCCAACAACCAAAAACGCCGCAGGAAAAUGCUGCCUCGAGGGAAGACAGAGACAGGCUCAGAGAGAGCGCCAACACCUGACCCACCCAAGGUGCUGAAGGUGUUCAACCGCGCCCUUCUCUUUGAUGCUGUGUCCCGGGGGGGCACUGAGGCCCUCCAGGGCCUACUAGAGUACCUGGAAAGCCAUGAGAAGAGGCUAACGGAUGAGGAGUUCAAAGAGCCAUCCACGGGGAAGACUUGCCUGCCCAAAGCCUUACUCAACCUGCACAAUGGUCGAAACAACACCAUUCCCAUGCUGGUGGAAAUAGCGGAGAGGACAGGCAACCUCCGCGAGUUCAUCAAUACGCCCUUCAGAGACGUCUACUACAGGGGCCAGACUGCGUUGCACAUUGCCAUCGAGAGGCGCUGUAAGCAGUAUGUGGAGCUGCUCGUGGAGAAUGGGGCGGACGUGCAUGCUCAGGCGCGGGGCCGUUUCUUCCAGCCCAGGGAUGAGGGCGGAUACUUCUACUUUGGUGAGCUCCCGUUGUCGCUGGCAGCCUGCACCAACCAGCCGGACAUGGUGCACUACCUCACAGAGAAUGCUCACAAGAAGGCAGACCUGCGGCGGCAGGACUCCCGCGGCAACACGGUGCUGCAUGCCCUGGUGCACAUCGCUGACAACACCCGCGACAACACCCGCUUCCUCACCAAGAUGUACGACCUGCUGCUGAUCAAAGGGGCCAAGCUCUAUCCUGACUGCAACCUGGAGACGGUGCUCAACAACGACGGCAUGUCCCCGCUCAUGAUGGCCGCCAAGCUGGGCAAGAUCGGGGUAUUCCAGCACAUCAUCCGCAGGGAGAUCAAAGAUGAGGAGGUGCGCCACCUUUCCCGCAAGUUCAGGGACUGGGCUUACGGGCCCGUCUACUCCUCCCUCUAUGACCUCUCUUCAUUGGACACCUGCGGGGAGGAAGUUUCCGUAUUGGAAAUCCUGGUGUACAACAGCCGCAUUGAGAAUCGUCAUGAAAUGCUGGCUGUGGAACCCAUCAAUGAGCUACUGAGAGCCAAGUGGCAGAAAUUUGCAGCUGCCACUUUUUACAUCAGCGUGGUGUCCUACCUGGUCACCAUGAUCAUCUUCACCUUGGUGGCAUAUUACCAUCCAUCUGAGGGAAAGCCACCGUACUCCUACAGCUCCUCCACAGACUACCUGCGCCUUGCUGGGGAGGUUGUGAUCCUGUUAUCUGGAGUCUUCUUCUUCCUCACCAACGUUAAGGAUCUCUUCCUGAAGAAAUGCCCAGGGGUGAACUCUUUAUUCAUUGAUGGCUCUUUUCAACUGCUCUACUUCAUCUACUCCGUGCUGGUUCUGGUCACUGCAGCACUCUAUCUGUCUGGGAUUGAGGCCUACCUGUCUGUGAUGGUGUUUGCCCUGGUGCUGGGCUGGAUGAACACUCUGUACUUCACUAGAGGCCUCAAACUAACUGGAACUUACAGCAUUAUGAUUCAGAAGAUUCUCUUCAAGGAUCUUUUCCGAUUCCUGUUGGUCUAUGUGCUCUUUAUGAUUGGAUAUGCCUCAGCUCUGGUGUCCCUCCUAGCUGUCUGCCCCGGUCCAGAUGCCCCGUGCCCUCCCGAGGGCUGCCCCACCUACCCACAGUGUCGCGACAAUCACACUUUCAGCAACUUCCUGCUGGACCUGUUCAAGCUGACCAUAGGCAUGGGCGAGAUGGACAUGAUCGCCAGCGCGCAGUACCCGGCCGUCUUCCUCAUCCUGUUGGUCACCUACAUCAUCCUCACCUUCGUGCUGCUGCUCAACAUGCUGAUCGCCCUGAUGGGUGAGACGGUGGGGCAGGUGUCUAAAGAGAGCAAGAAGAUCUGGAAGCUGCAGUGGGCCACGACCAUCCUGGACAUUGAACGCUCCUUCCCUGUGUGUCUGCGCAAGUCCUUCCGGGCGGGGGAGAUGGUGACAGUGGGCAAGAGCUGUGACGGGACACCUGACCGCAGGUGGUGCUUCAGGGUGGAUGAGGUGAACUGGUCCCACUGGAACCAGAACUUGGGAAUCAUUAACGAGGAUCCUGGGAGGAAUGAGACUUACCAAUAUUACGGCCCACAGCAGACCGGCUGGGGCCUUAGGAGAGAUCGCUGGUCCACGGUGGUCCCACGGGUGAUGGAGCUGAAUAAGAGUGGCCCACAGGGGGACCUGGUGCUGGAGAUGGAGCCCCUGAGCCCGGGACACAGGCACAGGACAAGUGCCGAGGGUCGUGUUUGACCCAGAGCGGCCAAUGAGUGGCCUCCAUUCACAAGAGACUGACAGUGAAUGGAGAGGAGACAGGCUCUGGCCAUGGCCCAAAUUUGCCACUUUGCACAAACAUCAGCUGCCUUGUCUUUGAAGAGUUAAGUAUAUUAUUUGUUUCCAGAGAAAAGACAAGGAUCAGAAAGCUUUUUACUUUCAAAAGAGAAUUCAGAAGCAUAAAAACACCCUCAUUCCAAAGCACACUUGAAUCAACCCAGUUUAAGCAUAUGCAAGAUGCUUAAAUCAUAAAUUACAAUGACUGUUAUUUUCUCAAAACUGCCAAAAACAUAUGGGCCCUCCUUUAAGGAAUUUUGUACAUAUUAUGAAUGUGGUCCAAUGUACAGGCACUGCUCUGGUGCUAUAAUGAAAGAACAUGGACAGGGAAAUGGAUGGAAGCAAUGAGCAGCUCAGGGGCUCCAGGUAGCCAGGUAGGAAACUCCUGGUCAUAUGUGUGGCCUCCCCUCCUCUCAUCUGACAUGAAAGCCACCUGGAGCUCAGCCUUUUGGAGUCUGCAGUCCCAUCCAUCAAGCUGCAUAGCAAAGCACCUGUUUUUUUUUCAGCUAGGAAGGUGGCGUAUUUAUGAAGACAUUUUAAAAUGAAUGUCGGUGACUAGAAAUCUAUUUAUGUGUAUGUCAUACGUGUUUGUGUUUUGUGAACUUUGCUCAGGGAUUUUAUACACUAGGAAAGCAGAGCUCAGGGCUCUGUGGGUUUAUUGAUUUUUUUAACACUGGGCCAAUUUUUAAAAAAAUUUUCAAAACUUUUAGGAUGAUUCGACAAAAUACACAAUCAGACACUGUUAGACACUGUCGUAACUGUUGCGUUCAGAUUCCUUAUUCAGAACUGUAGAUGGAUAACCUGGGUCGUGGAUUUUGAGAAACCUUUACCAUUGGACGAUAUUCAUCUCCAUCUUUUAUCAUCGGACAAUAUUUUCAAAAAUUCACCAAAAAAUUUAAACCAAUCUCACAGCCAAUUCACAAAAAAAAGAUUUCUGGUGAUACUGGACCAUGGGAAAUCCUGCAGUUACUCAAAUGAAUGUGUGUGUGGUUUCUGAGACUGAGCUGCUAACACGUGGAUAGACAAGACAGACAAUUCCUGAUGCCAAUAGGUUAUCGUGCUAUUGAGCAGUAACCUAAAAAGAAGGCAUUCUUAGCCAGCAUCUCCAUCAUAUUUUAUUGCCUCAGUUAUUUGUUUUGUACUAUGAAUGCCACAUAUAGGACACAGGUCAAAUAUCUACUACUAAAUUUUAAUACUAAAACAGAUAAAUGACUUGUAUUAGUUUGAAGUAGACUAUAGAUUGUGUUAUUUCCAGCUUCAAUACCACCACCAAAGUAAUGAAUCUUGAACAUAGUCAGGUAUUGUAGUGCUCUGUGACCUCAGACAUACUUGUGGUUUUUGCUUUGUUCUGGGUUUUUUUUUUUUUAAUCUGAAGACCAAGACCUGAAGUGGUUCAUUUAGGUAGUGAACACAAAGUUCUGGUAGACCACCGAAGUGCGGGCCUGUAUUUGUUUAUGAGAGACAAUAUAAGCACUAGACUGAGGUAGUGAAACACUAAUACCAACCUGCAAGAUUAAUAUAUCAUAUUUUUUAUUUUUCUGGUUUUUAAACCAAAUUAGAUUUCAAGAUUAGACAUAGCACAUAAACCAUAUAUAUGUAUUCAGCAUAGAAUCAGAGCUGAAAGUUACUGCAUGGCAUGUAAUUUAGCACAUCAAAGUAUAAAGCUUGGCAUUAGUUUUGACCAUAUCAGUACUGAUUAGGGGCAGUCAGCAUACUCUUUGAUAUUUUAUUUCUCAAUUAUUUCCAUAGUGAAUGUAGUGAGUCAACUUAUUGCAGUAUUCAGCUACUGCUGCCUUGAAAAUAGAAAUGAAUUUUUCAUAUUAGAUGCAUUGAAGAUGUGGAAAGGGUGCAUUUUACAUGUUGACCAAAACAGAACUUGAGGCCUUCUUUGGAUUUUAGUUUUAUCCUGCCUCCUGAUUGGAUCUUACUGAUCUGGUCCUGUUGAGAUUCUCUUUUGGGUACAGUAAGAGUAAAGAGUACAGCGCAAGAGCAAUAGAGUACAGACCUGCUGUUACAAAAAUACCUCCAUGAUGAAACUUUUUAAAUGUAUUCAAUAGUGUAUUAGACUAUCAAUGUGCACAUUUGUUUUGCCAUUGUAAUGUUGGUCAGGAAGACACUGAAUUUCCAAGAUUAAAAAACAAUAUCAGGAGAUCAGGAAAAAGAUGCACUUAAUCUGUUUUGCGGAAACUAAAAUACUCAAAGGUAUAUAUGAGGAUCAUGUGCCAAAAUGAAAAUGUCUCCAAAUGAAAUGUCAUGGUGGAACAUUUAUGAUUGACCUAGUCUUAUAAAGGUUUUGACUAAAAUGGUUUAUUUAAAGAGGGGUUUUCAUAAUGUGUGUGUGAAAAGGUGUUUCAUCUGUUUGUUAUGUAUGUAUGACGGCCAAAAAUGUCCCUGAAACCUCAUUUUACAUACAGUAUACUUUAGUGUGCUUUUCUAUCUCAACAUCUUCUCAAGUCCUUCUUUCUGUUUACCCUCCA